AUGGGCGACGCCGAAAAGUCGAACGAUUCGAAGGACUCGAAGGCGCAAAAACCGGGCCCCCCACUUUAUUCACGCCACUACAACAUCUUCGCCGACGUCGAGGUGGAGCCGCGGUACGUCGAUCUGCUUCACUGCAAGGACGGCCGCACCCAGCAUAUCAUCUACAACCCCACGCCGUUGCCCAUCGCAUGCCAUAAUGUGCCCGACUGGCGCAAGUUUCCGGCUCGCCUCUUCGGCCCUUCGGAAGUUCCGGUGGUGUACAAGAUACGAUUCCGCGGCGCUCCCCCGUACACCCGCGAGCUCGUCGAGCUGCACAAGCCGUUCGCCGUGCCGUUCGACGUGAGCGUCUACCUCAAGAAGAUUGGCGUCACCAACGAUACGGAACAACUAACCGCCAACGAGGCCGGCAUCCUCUCCACGAUGAUGAGUCUGACGUUUGAGGACGAUCUGACGCACAAUUCGUUGGAUCAAACGGGCCGCAUGGAUCCGUGCUAUCCAUAUCCGGUGAACUGUCGAUUCCAAGCGAUGCUUCGAAGAUGGCGAACGAGAGCCGUGCUGUUAUGCGUCGCCUUCCUCUUUCUACCCCUACUCGAGCCGGUGGAGGCCCGAGUGCCUGGCAUACGAUUCAUGAGUGAUCCGAUCGAGUUGCUGCUCCAAGACAGUUACUCUUCCCUGAAGCGGAAGAGCGCGUACAACCGCGACAAACCGCCGCGCACAAGGAUCAUUGUGCGAAAACGCAAAUACAACCCCCUGCCGACAUUCUACACGUCGAAUUUCGGGUUUGCCCCGAUUUCGCUGCAUCGACGCCAGAACUCGUUGCCGUAUACGGAUUUGCUAUUCGCCGGCAGGCGA